AUGGCCGCCACCAUGACACAAACAUCCGUCUCCCGUUUUCCGCCACCUCUUCCUCCAACUUCAAGUUCCUGGCCACCCCUCACUCCGCGAGAACCACCGGACGUACCUACCCAUCUGUGCGCAGCGCUCUAUUUCGAAUCGAUUGUGGAUUCGGCGAAUCGGCGAGCGAGCACAGGACGGUCGGGGCGAAUUCGAACCCCGAUCUGGAUAGGUCGAUGGGGAUCGGAGAUUCGGAGUUCGACGCCUCUUCUAAUCCGCUUGCAGAAAUCGAUUGACCGCUAUAAGGCUUAUAGGAAGGAUAAUAAUGUUAAUAACAAGACAGUACAGCCAGAUAUACAGCAAGUCAAAGCCGAUACUGUAAGCUUGGCAAAGAAACUUGAAGCUCUUGAAGUUUCGAGGCUAAAGAUCUUGGGUGAGAAUUUAGGAGGGUGCUCUGCUGAAGAACUGAACUGUCUGGAAGUAAAUAUUGAGAAGAGUCUCCGCAUCAUCAGAGGAAAGAAGACCCAGGUGCUCGAACAGCAGAUAGCUAACCUGAAAGAAAAGGAGAGGACGCUUCUCAAAGACAACGAAGACUUGCGUGGAAAGCAGCGCGAUCUUGAGGCUUCGCUGGUGGUUCCUGCCCUGAACUGCGUCACGCCCCUGCAACCACGUGGCCAGCUGGCACCAGAGCAGGAACCGGUACCGAGCGACGAGGACGUGGAGACGGAGCUCUACAUUGGGUUGCCCGGGGUUCGCUGCUCCAACCGGCGGUCAGGUCAAGCCAAAUAGCUAAUCAGCCGGAAGGUUGAGCCUCACACAAAUAAACUCUCUACAGAUGCAUGAAGUGGCCAAUCAGUAGUCCACCAUUUCUGUUAUUCUCUAUAUUUAGACAGAAUCUAUAAUCUCUUGCAAAGCUAAAUUAGCGGCUGCGACGAUGACAAACCUGCAGAGAACCUCUGACGACUGAAGGUGAAACGCCAGUACACCAAUUGUUUCUUGCGCAACGGCCGGCAAAUGGAACUAGGGGAGGCAUUCUUGUUAAAAAUAAUUCUGUAAUUAGGGUAAAAUCUCCCCUUGCCCAAAACCGUCGUUGCAGUUUGUCCCGCAACCGAUGUCUCCCUUCGAUCUCCUGGAACCGACGCCUCCUCGAGGAAUCGUCGUGUCUCUUCGGGACAUAUAAAAGGGGGCCUGUAACCAUCGAUCAAAGGAUUCGAUCAUUCUGAUUCAAAAUACGUUAUCAGCAUGAUGGUCA